ACCUCACUUCUCGACCGACACCACGACGCCCCCAUACCAGGCAAUACUAACCACCACGAUGCCGCAGGAAGUCAAGCAGAAGUCUGGCUUGGCCGUCGGCCUCAACUCUGGACACAAAGUCACCCCUCGCACCCCAGCACCCAAGAUCUCGACUCGCAAGGGAAGAUUGAGCAAGAGGACUGCGUUUGUCCGGGAAAUCGUCCGUGAGGUCUCUGGUCUCGCACCCUACGAACGCCGUGUUAUCGAACUGCUCCGCAACUCAAAGGAUAAGCGUGCGCGCAAGCUGGCUAAGAAGAGACUCGGCACUUUCGGCCGCGCCAAGAAGAAGGUUGACGAGAUGACCAAGAUCAUUGCCGAGUCGAGGAGAGCGGGUCACUAGAUGCAUACAUAUGACAACGGGG